GUAAUUUAAGUUAACCGGAGUUUCUUUUUGUUUUCCGGCGAAAUUUUUGGUACUUUGAGUUAUGAAUAAUGAUGACAUUAUCCUGGCGGAGAUGAGGCCUAAGAAGCGUGCGGGAAGGAGAGUCUUCAAGGAGACACGUCACCCAGUUUACAGAGGAAUAAGGCGGAGGAACGGCGACAAAUGGGUCUGCGAAGUCAGAGAGCCGACGCACCAACGCCGCAUUUGGCUCGGGACUUAUCCCACCGCGGAUAUGGCGGCGCGUGCUCACGACGUGGCGGUUUUGACUCUGCGCGGGAGAUCCGCGUGUUUGAAUUUCGCCGACUCCGCUUGGCGGCUCCCGGUGCCGGAAUCCAAUGAUCCGGAUGUGAUAAGAAGAGUUGCGGCUGAAGCGGCGGAGCUGUUUAGGCCGGUAGAUUUAGGAAGUGGAAUUACGGUUUUGCCCUCUUUGGGAGAUGAUGUGGAUUUGGGUUUUGGUUCGGGUUCUGGCUCUGGUUCGGGAUCGGAGGAGAGGAAUUCUUCUUCGUAUGGACUUGGGGACUACGAAGAAGUAUCGACGACGAUGAUGAGACUCGCGGAGGAGCCGUUAAUGUCGCCUCCGCGAUCGUAUACGGAAGACAUGACUCCUAGUAAUGUUUACACGGAAGAAGAGAUGUGUUAUGAAGAUAUAUCACUGUGGAAUGUGUGUCCCUGGGAGUUAGUUCCUCUUGGCGAGUUAGAAGGUUCCUUGAUGCUCAUCAUUCGCUCUAACUCAAGUCACAAUUCCCAAUAUUGGGAGAGUUCGUUAUACGAGGUUUUGAAUCAAGUAGCCAAUUAUGGAUGGUAUUUCACGUUUGCGCAAGGAUUGGUGUACAUUGCUCUCAUUUACAUAUAUGGCUUCAGGACGAAGCAAAUGGUGAAUCCAUGGAAGACUUACGUGAAACUAUCUGGUGUUCUUAUGGGUUCUCAUGGCCUCACCAAAGGCUCCUUGGCUUAUCUCAAUUAUCCUGCUCAAAUCAUGUUCAAAUCAACUAAGGUUUUGCCGGUUAUGGUAAUGGGAGCUUUUAUACCCGGAUUGAGAAGAAAAUACCCUGUCCACGAGUACAUAUCGGCUAUGCUACUUGUAAUUGGUCUGAUCAUAUUCACAUUAGCUGAUGCCCAUACCUCCCCAAACUUCAGUAUAGUUGGGGUUGUGAUGAUCUCGGGCGCUCUCAUCAUGGACGCUUUUCUCGGUAACUUGCAAGAAGCUAUCUUCACGAUGAAUCCUGAGACAACACAAAUGGAGAUGUUGUUCUGCUCCACGGUAGUUGGCUUACCGUUCUUACUUGCACCAAUGAUUCUUACUGGAGAGCUUUUCAGAGCUUGGAAUUCAUGUGCUGAACAUCCAUAUGUCUAUGGAGUGUUGGUGUUCGAAGCCAUGGCUACAUUUAUCGGACAAGUCUCUGUUUUAUCCCUCAUUGCACUCUUUGGCGCAGCCACAACCGCUAUGAUAACGACGGCGAGAAAAGCGGUAACGCUGUUACUGUCCUACUUGAUAUUCACAAAGCCUUUAACAGAACAGCACGGCACAGGAUUGUUACUCAUCUCUAUGGGCAUUAUUCUCAAGAUGGUUCCUGAUCCAAAUCCAAGCACGAAAUCUUCGGGUUCGGGUCAGACACCCGGGAACUUGGAACGGGUUAAGUUUGAGAAGGAAGACGAUGAAGAGAGCCGGCCUUUGGUCUAAUAAACGACGAGAAAAUUCAAUUC